AACGGAAAUAGAUGCAUUACAAAACCUGUCAGAAUUGGGAUCACCUCAUAUUCCAAAAAUUCUUCUUCAAAAUGACAACACACUUGUAAUGACUCCAGUUGGCGAGAGAAUUAUUAAUUUGCGAAAAAAAGACAUCAGUGAUAUCAUAACCACCUUCCAAAAAGUUCACUCACGUGGGAUUAUACAUAGAGAUCUCAAAAAAUUUAACUUCCUUCGUAAUUUGGAUGAUUCAAGUGAAAAUAUUCUUAUUAUCGAUUGGGGUUACAGCACAAACAACUCUGAAAGCACCACAUUUUCAGGGGCAUUGGGAUGUAUGCCAGAUUAUGUCCUGCAAUCAUUAAUCAAUGGAGAAGAGAUUGUUUAUGGACCACAAGUUGAUUUGAUCUGCUUUGUUCGUUUAUUCUAUCUAAUGCUCCAUAGACCGAGAGUUCCCAUUGACAAGAAUGAUAAUAUUGAAGAAAAAGCAC